AUGAAAAGAGGAAACCGAACUGUCAUCACAGAGUUUCUCCUCUUGGGUUUACCUGUUGAUCCAAAUCACCAAGACCUACUCUACGUCUUGUUCCUGGUUAUGUAUCUUACCACUGUCCUUGGGAACCUCAUCAUCAUCAUCCUCAUUGGAUUGGACUCCCAUCUCCACACACCCAUGUACUUAUUUCUCAGUAACUUGUCCUUCUCUGACCUCUGCUUCUCCUCUGUGACCAUUCCUAAAAUGUUGCAGAACAUGCAGAGCCAAGUCCCAGCCAUCCCUUAUGCAGGCUGCCUGACACAGAUGUAUUUCUUUCUGCUAUUUGCAGACCUUGAGAGCUUCCUCCUUGUGGCCAUGGCCUAUGACCGCUAUGUGGCCAUCUGCUUCCCCCUGCACUACACCAGCAUCAUGAGCCCUAAACUUUGUCUCUGCCUGGUGUCACUGUCCUGGGUGUUGACUACCAUCAUCUCUUCGCUGCAUACACUGCUCAUGGCUCGGCUAUCUUUCUGUGCUGAUAAUGUGAUCCCCCAUUUUUUCUGUGACAUGUCAGCUCUGCUGAAGUUGGCCUGUUCUGACAUCCAGAUAAAUGAAAUAAUGAUAUUUAUAUUGGGAGGGCUUGUCAUUAUUGUUCCAUUCCUGUUGAUCUUUUUAUCCUAUGCACACAUUGUGUCUUCUAUCCUAAAGGUCCCCUCUGCCAGAGGCAUCCGCAAAGCCUUCUCCACCUGUGGCUCCCACCUUUCUGUAGUGUCUCUCUUCUAUGGGACAAUCAUUGGUCUCUACUUGUGUCCUUCAACGAAUAAUUCUACUGUCAAGGAAACUGUCAUGGCUGUGAUGUACACAGUGGUGACUCCUAUGCUCAACCCCUUUAUUUACAGUCUCAGGAACCAAGACAUAAAGGGAGCAUUAGGAAGAGUCUUUUCAAAGCACAUAAUUCACUUUUCUCUACAAUAA